AUGGUCGAACGGAAGCGAAAGAGUACGAUUACACAAUCGGUACAUACUAUCAAAGGUUACUACAGAUCGCUCGUUCCGGCAUACGAGAAAAUUACACGUACACACUUCGAUAAAGAACGAAGACAAAAUCCACUCAAGCACAUCGUCCAAGAACUCCCUCGAAAGUUUGGAUCGUCAACAGGCAAGAAGAGAAAAUACGACCUGACAGUCACCGACCUAGACAUUCCGACUCGAACUCUCUGGCGUAAUAAUGAGUACCAUGUGAAGCAUGACCGGAUGCGAGCUCAACUCACAUGGUUUCUCUUGCUGCACGCGUACACCGGUGCUCGGGCUAGCACUUUCAUCGAAGGAUACUUCCACAAGGGCACUGGGAAGUCUUUAACAAACAAGGACGUCCGAUUGCACGUCUAUUGGCGAGCGAACGGAACUCCUGGAUGGAUGCUUGAGCUCACUGAGCGGUAUACCAAAGCGAAACCCGAUCCUAUGGAGAACAGUAUGCGUGUAAUUAUGAAGGACAAAGAGGGCUUCCUUCGUGAUCCGGUCUUCUUUUUCCUAGCUCUCGCUUUCGUAGACGAGGCUCUUCUGGGUAUCGACUCUGUGGACCAAUUCUGGAUGAUUCGACCUUCAGGCAACAGAAAGCAAUUCGAUUUCCAAUGGAAUCCCACGGUCCUGGAUACCCCUGUCUUUCAAUUGACAGAUUCUACAGGGGGAAUUUCACAAGCGUGGAAUGACACCUCAAUGUAUUAUUUACUUAGGGGGUUGAUCCGGAUCGCCAGAUAUGAAGCGAAAUCUAUUACCGUUCAUAGCAUCCGUCGUGGCUUUGCCAGCUGCAUAGACAGCAGGAACAUAUCACUAUUGCGGAGCAUACGCAAGCGCUCAGUUACUUGGCAGAUGAUAGGUUCGGGCAAGAUUACAUCUCAACAAUAUCCGCUAUCGACGGUCAGGCUAUGUUCUUGGGGGAUAUUCCUGACGUAG